AUGCAUGAGGGCGUUAAACGAUGUGAAGGAUUGGAGGUGAUCAAGGAAGAAGAUGAGAAAUCGAAACCAAUUCCACCGGAUAGGCAACGAUUUGAAGAGGAUUUAAAGCAAAUUCAUACACAAAUUAAUAGUAUUAAAGCAGAAAUUCGCCAAAAGUGUCAAAAAUGCACCGCAGAAAAUCCGAAAAGGAAUGAAUUGAAUCAAGAAAGAUUGCUUCUCAAAUCUGAAUCGGCAAACCUAAAGGAAAUUGAAGAUCAAAUAAAAGAAGAGCUUUCGUUGAAUAGAAGACGUAUCGUAAAUAUCGAAGGGGAUUGUGUAUUUCGUCGAAAAAAAGAUGUUCAACGACAACUUGAUAUGCUGAAAAACCGAUAUGAGAAUGGGAAUUUAUCGAUUCGAGACGAAGAGGCGAUAGUGAGCAAGAUGAACGUACUUAAAAGGAAUAAAGCCAAACUGGAAAGUUUGGAAGAGGCGAAUGCGGCGCAGAAAAAAAUUGAAGCCAAACUGAAUGAUGUGAAGGAAAAGAAAAGAAUAAUAUUCAAAAAGAUGGCCGACUUUCGAUUUGAAAACGAACGAUAUCGAUUGCAUCGCAAAAAACUGGAGAAUGAGAUUCAGGAACUAUCGAUGCAAGUCAAAAAUCUUCAAGAAGCUCGCCGAUGUUUGAUUGAUUCCUAUGAAAAAGAUCGCGCUGACUACAAGUCAUGGAAGUUUCAAGCGGGUACUGGAGUUCCAAUGUCUUUUCCAUCAGCAAGAAAAACAAAAGUUUUCAUUGAUGACGAGGAGCUUGAGCCAUUCUAUGAGCAAAAACGCGAUUGCAAGAGACUUCUUCGAUAUCUGGAAAAUCUGAAAGCCAUGUGUGCUCCAGAAGAAUUAGUAGAUAGUGGAAAAGAAUCAGAGUCGGCAAGCAUUUCUGACGACGAUUCGGCUGACGAGCUUCCGCCGAAUUUUGCGAGUCUUAAUAUAUCGAACAAACCGACAACCAAGACUAGGAAUCUAAAGAAGGGCUCACAUCCGAUCUCGCACAACAUUGAUAUCUUCAAUUUGCUUGUUGCAGUUGACGUUGACGUUCCAAAAACGUUCAGCGAGGUCCCAGAUGUUAUAAAACAGGUGAAAGAAAAGCUUGAAUACUACGACGGUCAGACAAAUGAGAUCGAUUGGUUCAAUGAUCUCGGAUUCGAGCUUGGAACGAUUUCAAGAAGCACUAGCAACAUGACGGAUUCGUUUUAUAACGAGUCGAUGUCAGAUGUGGCAAGUGUCUCUAGUGCGCGACGGCCAGCGAGUUCACUACGCGACAAUGUCAUGUAG